ACAGUAUGACUAUUGGGUACUUUUUGCACUACUGGGAAAACAUCAACGGAUAAACUGUCCGUUGACUAUGAGGAUAACGUCGAUCAAAAGUUUCAUGCAUUAACUUUGCAGAUGUUACACUAUAUCACAUUCACACCAUAUUUGACUAAACCACUCCACAACGUACGUAGCAAAUCAAACUGGCAAUUCCCCUUGUGUGUAGGCGAGUCGAGUCGAGUCAUAAGCAUAGAUAUAAAGUUCCACGUCUAGUCUUUCUGGUUAGUUUACUUCUUCGUUACUGUGAUCUGCCUGAAAGCUGUUGGACAAAGAGGGACUAUAGACGGUGGGAUUUCUAGAAGUACUUGGUUUGUUCUCGUCGUAACAUUUACUGGAAAGGAAGUGACCGCAGAAGGGGAUUUCUACAGACUACAAGUCUUUGAUCAGAGAUAUUUGUGGUGUUAUCAACAUUUAUGCUGUAAAGGAGGACAACUUUUUUUUUAUUCUCCCAUUUAAACCUUCCUCUCAGACAGAUACAUUUGUUUGUCUGGUUAAUCUCUGCUGCCAUGGAAACGUAAACUACCCCAGGAGGGUUGUUCCACUCAGGGGGAGAGGGUUGACCAGCCAUACCCAGGGCGUGUGUGUGUGUGUGUGUGUGUGUGUGUGUGUGUGUGUGUGUGUGUGUGUGUGUUCUGUCCAUAUUCACCAAGCGGACAGAGUGGUGUGGCCUAGUCUGGUGGUUGCAGACAGACAGACACUUCUCUGUGGCUCAGACAUGACUGACUACUUGCUUUUUAUAAAAUCAUCUGCUAAAUGUCAUAUCAUUUAUUAUUAUAAGGUGUUCUGACAUAUUGUGAUAUUAUUAUGACAGAAGGUGUUCUGGCAGAUUGUGAUUUAUUAUGACAGAAGGUAUUCUGGCAUAUUGUGAUUUAUUAUGACAGAAGGUGUUCUGGCAUAUUGUGAUUUAUUAUGACAGAAGGUAUUCUGGCAUAUUGUGAUUUAUUAUGACAGAAGGUGUUCUGGCAUAUUGUGAUUUAUUAUGACAGAAGGUAUUCUGGCAGAUUGUGAUUUAUUAUGACAGAAGGUAUUCUGGCAGAUUGUGAUUUAUUAUGACAGAAGGUAUUCUGGCAUAUUGUGAUUUAUUAUGACAGAAGGUAUUCUGGCAUAUUGUGAUUUAUUAUGACAGAAGGUGUUCUGGCAUAUUGUGAUUUAUUAUGACAGAAGGUUGGCAGUUUCUCUAAUUUUUUUCUUUUUUUGAUCAGUUCUGAAACCUUCAGUUUCAUUUCCAGGCUGAUGUGUGAGAUGACAGGAAACACACCCUGUUUUCAUCAAUCGCGUGGCUGUGUGUGUGUGUGUGUGUGUGUUUAUAUUCCCCCUGCCCUGGGUUACUCAUCCCUCUCUCCCUGAGGAGAAUGGACCUUCCUUUUCUCUAAUUCUACAAACUCUUCAUAAAAAAAAAAAACAAUCUAGAAGCUAAAUCUACACUCUAAUACCUGUAUAUCUAGAUUCUAGGCUGUCUAUAUCUAGACUGUCUACCCUAUUUGUAAAUGGACACCCUGGUACAUCUCCAGAACAGCCCGUUCCUCAUGGGUCUGUGUCGAAACGGAACCCCAGUUAACCUGCAGUAUGACAACUCCUCAGAACUGUUCCGUAUCUCCACCUUUGCCCUCUUCCCGUCUGCAGCGGUAACGGAGCGCACCCUGGCCAGGGCAGGAUGGUUCUAUACUGGUGUGGGAGACAGGGUGCAGUGUUUCAGGUAGGUGAUGGUUCUAUACUGGUGUGGGAGACAGGGUGCAGUGUUUCAGGUAGGUGAUGGUUCUAUACUGGUGUUGGGAGACAGGGUGCAGGUAGGUGAUGGUUCUAUACUGGUGUUGGGAGACAGGGUGCAGGUAGGUGAUGGUUCUAUACUGGUGUUGGGAGACAGGGUGCAGGUAGGUGAUGGUUCUAUACUGGUGUUGGGAGACAGGGUGCAGUGUUUCAGGUAGGUGAUGGUUCUAUACUGGUGUGGGAGACAGGGUGCAGGUAGGUGAUGGUUCUAUACUGGUGUGGGAGACAGGGUGCAGUGUUUCAGGUAGGUGAUGGUUCUAUACUGGUGUGGGAGACAGGGUGCAGGUAGGUGAUGGUUCUAUACUGGUGUGGGAGACAGGGUGCAGUGUUUCAGGUAGGUGAUGGUUCUAUACUGGUGUGGGAGACAGGGUGCAGGUAGGUGAUGGUUCUAUACUGGUGUUGGGAGACAGGGUGCAGUGUUUCAGGUAGGUGAUGGUUCUAUACUGGUGUUGGGAGACAGGGUGCAGGUAGGUGAUGGUUCUAUACUGGUGUGGGAGACAGGGUGCAGUGUUUCAGGUAGGUGAUGGUUCUAUACUGGUGUGGGAGACAGGGUGCAGGUAGGUGAUGGUUCUAUACUGGUGUGGGAGACAGGGUGCAGUGUUUCAGGUAGGUGAUGGUUCUAUACUGGUGUUGGGAGACAGGGUGCAGGUAGGUGAUGGUUCUAUACUGGUGUUGGGAGACAGGGUGCAGGUAGGUGAUGGUUCUAUACUGGUGUGGGAGACAGGGUGCAGGUAGGUGAUGGUUCUAUACUGGUGUGGGAGACAGGGUGCAGUGUUUCAGGUAGGUGAUGGUUCUAUACUGGUGUGGGAGACAGGGUGCAGGUAGGUGAUGGUUCUAUACUGGUGUUGGGAGACAGGGUGCAGUGUUUCAGGUAGGUGAUGGUUCUAUACUGGUGUGGGAGACAGGGUGCAGGUAGGUGAUGGUUCUAUACUGGUGUUGGGAGACAGGGUGCAGGUAGGUGAUGGUUCUAUACUGGUGUUGGGAGACAGGGUGCAGUGUUUCAGGUAGGUGAUGGUUCUAUACUGGUGUUGGGAGACAGGGUGCAGUGUUGCAGGUAGGUGAUGGUUCUAUACUGGUGUGGGAGACAGGGUGCAGGUAGGUGAUGGUUCUAUACUGGUGUUGGGAGACAGGGUGCAGGUAGGUGAUGGUUCUAUACUGGUGUUGGGAGACAGGGUGCAGGUAGGUGAUGGUUCUAUACUGGUGUUGGGAGACAGGGUGCAGGUAGGUGAUGGUUCUAUACUGGUGUGGGAGACAGGGUGCAGUGUUUCAGGUAGGUGAUGGUUCUAUACUGGUGUUGGGAGACAGGGUGCAGGUAGGUGAUGGUUCUAUACUGGUGUUGGGAGACAGGGUGCAGUGUUUCAGGUGUAACGUGACAGCGGACGGCUGGCAGACAGGUGACUGUCCUACUGAGAGACACAGACAGCUGUCCCCUUCUUGCGUCUUCAUCCAGACUCUACCCUCUACUGCCAACCUCCUCUCCUCUUCUCACAGCGCCUUCUCUCCGCUAUGCAGCGCACUCGUCACACCGGUAUCAGGACCUGGCCCCGCCCCCCUCCCUGUCUCAGCCUCUAACCCGGUGUCCGGUGAAGAGCCUUGUGUCCCGCCCCCCUCCAGCCCGCUGAGCUCCCGAGAAGUAGAGGACAUGUUUCACCAGAGACCCCCUACCUGUCACAACCCCAGCAUGAGGAGAGAGCAGGACCGUCUGGACUCCUUCCACACCUGGACCCUGUCCAUCAUCACCCCCUCUGAGCUGGCUAAGGCUGGCUUCUAUUACCUGGGGCAGGGAGACCGCGUGGCCUGCUUCACCUGUGGAGGACAGCUCAGUAACUGGGAGCCAGGGGACCGGGCCGUAUCGGAGCACCAGAGACAUUACCCCAACUGUCGCUUCGUCAGAGGAGACCGGGCCGACAACGUGUCCAUGGCGGGCGGCGCUAGAGGUGUAGGAGUGCCCCCCGGGGCAGUAGCUCCCGUCUCCAGCCCCCCAGGUCUCAGUAACGUGUCUAAUCCAGCCAUGCAGCAGCGUGAGGAGCGGUUGCUCACCUUCGUCCACUGGCCUUUACGUAUUCCUGUACGCCCCGAACAGCUGGCCAAGGCAGGGUUUUACUACGUUGGGCGUAAUGACGACGUGAAGUGUUUCUGCUGUGACGGGGGUCUGAGGUGCUGGGAGUCAGGUGACGACCCCUGGGUGGAGCACGCCAAAUGGUUCCCUAGGUGUGUGUACCUGCUCCAGGAGAAAGGUCAGGAGUUCGUCCAUCAGAUCCAGGCUCGUUUCCCUCGCCUCUUUGAACAGCUCCUGACCAAUGGGGACAGCAUCUCCAGGGAGUUUGUGGACCCACCAAUGGUCAACCUGGGUCCAGGUGAGGAGCGGUCGGAAGAUGCAGUGAUGAUGAACACCCCGGUGGUUGUGUCGGCUCUGGAGAUGGGAUUUGAGCGUGACCUGGUCAAGCAGACGGUCCAGGGUAAGAUCCUGACCAGCGGAGAGAACUACAAGACGGUCCAGGAACUGGUCUUAGACCUGCUGUCUGCCGAGGACCAAAAGAGAGAGGAGGAGAAAGAGAUGCUGGCCGAGGAGAUGGCUUCUGAUGGUAAUUCGUUCUUGAAGAGACACCAGGCAGCGUUGGUCCAGCGUCUGAAGAGUGUUGAGUCUGUCCUGGAGCACCUCCGAGAGCAGAAUGUCAUCAGUGGAGAGGAAUACAGUAGUCUCCAGGGCCAGUCCUCCCAGCAGCAGACAGCCAGGCUGAUAGACUUGGUGCUGACUAAAGGAAACGCAGCAGCUGAGGUCUUCAGGAACUGGAUCCAGAAGAACGAUGUCUACCUGCUCAGAGACCUCAUGGCCCAGGCAAAUGAAGCCUCAACACCAAGUCAAGAUCUCUCAGACCUGCCGAUGGAGGAGCAGCUACGGCGACUACAGGAAGAGCGGACCUGUAAGGUGUGUAUGGACAAGGAGGUGAACAUGGUGUUUAUCCCGUGUGGUCACCUGGUGGUCUGUAAGGACUGUGCUCCCUCUCUGAGGAAAUGUCCCAUCUGCAGAGGACUGGUCAAGGGCACCGUCCGAACCUUCCUCUCCUAGAAGACCUCCAGGAAACCUUCCUCUCCUCGGAGACCUCCAGGAAACAGGGACCCUUCUAACACUGUCAAACUUCCACUCCUAGGAGACCGAUGUUUGACACUGGUAGAUCAUCUGUACCAUGUGUUAAUAAAGUUAUUUUCAUAA